UUUUCCAGGAAUAUUUUGAAAACAAUUGCUCUGGGUCAGAUGUUGUCCUUGUGUAUAUGUGGGACAGCCAUCACCAGCCAGUAUUUGGCAGAAAGAUACAAAGUGAACACCCCCAUGCUUCAGAGCUUUAUCAAUUAUUGCUUGCUGUUCCUAAUUUAUACAGUGAUGCUGGCAUUUCGAUCAGGCAGUGAUAACCUUCUAGUAAUCUUGAAAAGAAAAUGGUGGAAGUACAUCCUGCUGGGACUAGCAGAUGUGGAAGCUAAUUAUAUGAUUGUCAGAGCCUACCAGUACACAACUCUAACCAGUGUCCAGCUUUUGGAUUGCUUUGGGAUUCCUGUGUUGAUGGCUCUGUCGUGGUUUAUUCUUUAUGCGAGGUACAGAGUGAUCCACUUCGUUGCCGUGGCUGUCUGUCUGUUGGGUGUAGGAACCAUGGUUGGUGCAGACAUACUAGCAGGGAGGGAAGACAAUUCAGGGAGUGAUGUAUUGAUGGGCGACAUCUUGGUCCUUCUUGGGGCUUCCCUCUAUGCCAUUUCGAAUGUUUGUGAGGAAUACAUCGUGAAGAAGCUGAGCAGACAGGAAUUUUUAGGAAUGGUGGGCCUGUUUGGAACAAUUAUCAGUGGUAUACAGCUGUAAGAUUCUACAAUUUUUUCUAAAAACAAAAUAAGCAAAUAUAUUAUAGAUAACUACUAAUAUUCAUUAUUUAUUUGGCCCAAAUUCACAUCUGAAAUUAGUAUUAGGUGGAUGCAAGAGUAAUUGUGGUUUUGCCAUUACCUAAUAACUUGCUGAGUGUCUAUUAGAGGAUUGUUAAAAUAUCAGGAAUUACUUCCUAUUCUCUUAAAACAUGUGUGUUGCUUAGGAUUCCUGAUUAGCAUGUGGUAGAGGCAUUUACCAGU